AAAAAAAAAACCACAGACAACACAAGAGUGUGACCUGGAGUGUGUGUUUGCUGAAGAAUGACUGACUGAGGGUAAGUUUUUUUGUCAUCCCAUGCAGAACUCUGCAUGGAAAAAACACAAAAGCCGUGGGACUUAGUCUCUCGUUCCCAUGACUCCUAAGAAACCUCAGCAGUGGCUUCAAGUGGUCGGACAUGCAGGGAGCUUUCAUGUAGGUGAUUACGGCACACUGCUGAAGAGGUACUGUAAGGGGGAGCAACAAUGUUACCUCCGUCUGAUGGCGGACACUCUGAGAUCCUUUGUUCCUGCCUACCAUGGUGUUGUGCAGCGUGACAAGCAGGAUUACAACAUGAUGGAUAACCUGCUGACCCACUUUAACACACCUGCAAUCAUGGACUGCAAGAUGGGCAGCCGCACAUACCUCGAGGAGGAGCUGCAAAUGGCCAGAGAACGUCCCCAGCCUCGUAACGACAUGUAUAAGAAGAUGGUGGCUGUGGACCCAGAGGCCCCUACAUCCCAGGAGACAGCCCAGCAGGCGGUGUUGAAAACCCGGUACAUGCAGUGGAGGGAGACGCUGAGCUCCACAACAACUCUUGGGUUCCGCAUCGAAGGAUUCAGG